AUGUCGGCGAACCACGCUGUGUCAGCGGAAUACGAGGGAAAGAUUGCCAUUGUUACUCUUGACAAACCAAAGAAGCUCAAUGCCUUGAGUCACGAUGACUAUUACCAUCUUGCUACCGUACUGCGAGAGAUCGCCCAAAAGGAUACGGUCCUGGUCACACUGCUCAUUGGAACGGGCCGGUUCUUCUCAGCAGGAGCCGAUGUACGCGGCCAGUCUCCCGAUGACCUAGGUGGUGUCGAUAUCCGCCGAUACUGGCUUCCAGCCCUUGUUGUCAACAACAUCGACCUAGCGGAUGCCUUCUACUCGCAUCCGAAGAUUCUAGUGACGGCGCUCAACGGGCCUGUCAUCGGCCUGUCUACAGCGUUGAUUGCGCACUCUGACUUGAUCUUCGCUACACCUGAAACAUACCUUCUCACCCCCUUCUCGUCGCUUGGUCUCGUCACAGAGGGUGGAUCUAGCAUUGCCUUUGCCCGUCGAAUGGGGCUCAGCAAGGCCAAAGAGGCGCUCUUAUUCAGUCGCCGUAUUAACAUUGAGGAGUUGAAACAAACAGGAUUUGUCAAUCGAGUCUUGGAUACUGCAGGAGAUGGUCAAUUCAAAGGGCGUGUCCUACAAGAGAUUCACUCUUAUCUUGGUGACCAUCUUAACGGCUCAAGCAUGCUGGAGAUCAAGAAGCUGCUCCGCGAGCCCGGCGAUCGCGACUUCAAUGCCCAAGCUGCGAGGGAAUUCUUUGGAGGAUUAAGACGAUUUGCGGAGGGAAUCCCGCAGGCUGAGUUUAAGAAAAUUGCCUCUGGUGCAAAGAAACACAAGCUUUAG